AUGUCUACGUUACCGCCAACGCAGCGUCAGAGAAGAAGUCGUUCGAACAACGAUGACUCAACAGUUCGUCUCUCUAAAGCAUUGUCGUAUGUUCUAAGGCAUGGUGCUGCGAAAGAAGGAAUAUCUAUGCGCACUGAUGGCUAUGUACGCUUGAAUGAAUUGUUGAGUUUACCCCGUUUUAAAACGGCUUCGUUUGAAGAAAUUGAGACGAUUGUGAAGACUAAUGACAAGCAGAGGUUUUCGCUUAUUAAUGAGGUCGACGAGACAACAGGAGUUGCUACAUGGUGGAUAAGAGCAAAUCAGGGACACACGAUGAACGUCGAGGAUUUGAAGCUUGAAGCAAUUACGGAUCCUGCACAAAUUCCUAUUGUCGUCCAUGGCACUUAUUUGAAGAACUGGCAAAACAUAGCAUCGCAGGGACUUUCAAAGAUGCGCCGCAAUCACAUUCACUUUGCCGUGGGUUUAUAUGGAGAAUCCGGAGUUAUAAGUGGGAUGCGAGCCGACUGCGAUCUAUUUAUUUACAUGAACGUACAAAAGGCUAUUGCAGAUGGCAUAGAAAUCUACAGAUCUGAGAAUAAUGUCAUUCUCACGCCUGGCAAAGCUGGAAUCUUGUCCUCGGAAUAUUUUCUAAAAGUCGUCGAUAGAUCGGGUAACGUUUUACUUUCAAAUGAAAAGUAA